CCCAGCACUGGGACCAUGGCUUUCAUCCCUUCUUGGGCAUGUGUAUUAGUGGGUUGUCUUUCUUCCUCUGUAGCAGGAACUUCUAACCUUUCAAGUUUCUAUCCCCUUCUAUGGGAUGAGAGUCCUGGCCAGUUCAGUGACUACAAGGUGGAGAAUGGAAGAUACAUUAUUGAUCCCUGGGUCUAUCCUAAAAGACAAGGGAUGUAUAAAAUUUUGUUGAACCAGACAGCAACAUAUUUUUCAAAAUUUGCUCCAGAAAAUGAGCAAAAUGUUUUAUGGGGACUGCCUUUGCAACAUUCCUGGCAAUUUGGAACAGGGAGAUUAGCUGAUCCUACCAGAAGGACUAACUGUGGAUAUGAACCAGAAGAUCAUCUGUGUAUCUCUGUGGACAGUUGGUGGGCUGAUAUAAAUUAUUUUCUGUGUGCAAUACCUUUCCUUGCUGCGGUUGAUUCUGGCAUCAUGGGGAUAUCUCCUGACCAAGUCACACUGUUGCCACCACCCAAGGAUCAGCAGAGGUUUUGUUACAAUGUUUCUGGCUGUCGUGCAUCCUACCCUGAGAUGAUGAACAAGUGGCAUGAUUUUUAUCAGUAUCUGAAGUCAUCUUCCACUAACUUUGAUGAUAUCUUGAGAUACCUAUGGUCUGCACAUACCUCCUCUGUGGAAGGAUCUCUUGGAGAUUUUGAAGAUAAGCUUCUUUACUAUUCCAAACCUGAAGCAGAUUUUGGGAGAGAUUGGUCUGUUUUCGUAGACUACAUAGCCGUAGCCUUGUAUCCUCCAACCUUGAUUAGAACAAGUAACUUCGAGAAGGGCCUGCCACCACGAGUUCUUCUUAAAACUGACAUAGCCCCAUUCAUCAAGGACUUUACUCCUAUCCAAAAUGCAGUCCUGUUCUCACUGAAUGUUCUUAGGAAAGCGGAUGAAUCAAUAGGUCCAGAAUUGUUGACUCUCUGGGAAAGUUUAAUGAAGACAAAGACUGCAAGGAAGCUAGUGCUGCUGCUAGCGGAAAAAAUUUUUGAAAUAGCUACUUGAAAACUUCAAAAUUAGUGGGUUAAACAUGAGCAGUUUUGACUGUGGAAAACAGCAAAUUCACAAAAUAAUGAUCACAACCAUGUAGUCUUAUGCUGUUUUUCACAAAUUUGCAUUUUUAAAGAAUUAGUCUGUGCUUUGAAAUUAGCAUGAUGAUUAUAUUGUUCAAGCAAUCAUUCUUUAUUUUUAAAAUCAAUACUUAAUUUUUAAGAUUUGAAGAGAGUUUUCAAUGUUACCCAAAUCAUU